GCGAGUCUCAAAGUAUCAUUCGUUUCCAAGUCAAGUUACAGGACACCAGAAUCUUGGGUCGAUGUUCCAAUGUCCUUGCUGCGCCAUACUGGUAUCGGGAUCAUCAAGCCUAAGUCAAGCAGCAGCAGCAGCAGUAUCCGGCAUCACAGCGAAUUCUGCGGGUCACAGUCAAGCUGAGUUGUCGAACAUCAAAUUCAAGCAACAUCCAGAGUUCUACUUCCUGCCACCACGUCGCAACUGUCACUGAACAGCGCUAAUGGCACCUACAAUGUCAAGCCCGCGGAACUCACCAUCGAGUGUAGAAGAGCAAUACACGCGGUACGCGCACUACACGCGCACGCGCAGAGUGACUAUUCGCGAAGCUCCCGAAGGUCGUGACACGUGCAUAAACUCGUUGAAGGAUUUGAAGAAUUUGCUACAAAAGCAGAAAUCGUUCAAUAUCCAAUUGAACCGGAGGCAAACGACUGGUCGCCAGAACGGAUACAGUGGUGCUGCCAGAACACAGCCGACUAGCGAGGAAGGCAAGAUAGCCACACAGCCCGCAAAGACUGAGCAAGUUACAGCACAGAAUACACUCCAGCGGCAUCCAGAACAGACACUGCCAAGGCCCCAAGGCCGCGUCAGAGGUGCUCCAGUGCGGUCUUCCGGAAAGCUACCCGCUGUCAAUGGCAGUCGUGCCAAUCGAGUGCAGGGACUGAGUUGCGAUGUUGCUGUUCCUGCACCCCAGCCUGAGAUGCAUCAACCGGGUCAUAGUUCAUCGCUUGAUGCCCAGCCUGAGACGCAUCAACCUGGUCGUAGUUCAUCGCUUGAUGCCCAGCCUGAGACGCAUCAACCUGGUCGUAGUUCAUCGCUUGAUGCGCACAGGACAAAUUCCGUGGCAUUGGAGGAUGUCAAGAUUCCCACACAGCCACUGUGCCAAACAGAUGCAGUGCCAAGCCGAGAGCAGACAAUGGCACAGCCCAAUAGCUUCAAGCGUAUGCCAGUGGCCCUCACUGGCGCUGUGAAGGCUGAGCCUAGUAGUAUCGGUGGUCUGCACGAAAGUCAGAAUGCAGCUCUGCUGCCAUUCCCGUCGACAUUAUUUCAUCCAGACAGGCCCACACCGGGAAUGCUGUUUGAGCGCCCUGACCGGACUAGCGGUCAAAUGCACCGGAACAACCAUAACAAUCGGCCGAUCCAUAAGCAGUGGGCCGGUGGGUCUGGAAUGUGCUCGGCGUGGAAUUGCCCUUCAGCACCUGAUAGCCAUGUACAUAAUCCACACAGAGCAGCCUCUCGCAGGCAACAAACCAAAUUGAGCAAGUCCGCAAAACGUCAAUGGAAACACUGGCCACGUUCCCGCCGUAACUACCAGCCACAGCACGUCCCACAUACCAUUCGGCUAGUUGGUGAUGAGCCAACGCAUAUCACCAUCAUAAUUGGUGUCACACAAGGACCAGGACAAUGAGGCGUUCCGUAUAAUGACCAGGCGUAUCCGUGCACGUGGUGGUCAAUGACCAUAAUUUCAAUAAGCGUAAUUGUAUGCAAAGAAGCGUGCGGCCUUCCAUCGGCUUGAUGAUCAUUGUCCUCGUUCACAACUGCUUUAUGGCUUGGAUAGUCACGCUCCCACUGCCAUCCAUUAGCUAUCGGCGCAUUAACAGUGUACUUCAGCCACAGUUGCGCUCACUGAAAUCCGACCCAAAGUGCAAAGCUGGCGUCCUGGACCAGUUCCGAUUACAUCAUUGUGGGUGUACAUGUGUACGUCCAGCCGCAUUCAUUCCACUGCCAGGGCGUCGAGGGCUGUGCAAGUUGAGGGUGCCAGUUUUGCACAUUGGGUCGGAUUUCAGUGAGCGCACCUGUAACAUCUAGUAGGCACUCCAUGUAUUGUCACUGUGACACAGUUUUCUGUCAUCUCUUUAGUCCCAGUUGACAUCCUGACCUGGUUCUAGUUUGUUUGAACUAUUGAGCGUGCACACGGAACCCAGUUGACUGUCAUGAAUCGUGUAGGUAAGACUCGACUUGAGUGAACACUGUCUCGGAUAAUCUCCGUUUUGAACUAUACACCUAAUGUUCAACCAAUAUACUGUGUUAAAUCUA